CUUCCGCCAACUGCGUUGCGGCCUCUCUUUGUGCUGCUUCUAGGCGCUCCGCCUAGAGUAGCCCUCCCGCCCUUCCUGGUCACUGGGGAUUGCUCCCGGAGCAGGAUCGACGUCCGGAGUCAUCAAUAACUGGAGACAUGCCGUGAUUGGUAGCCUAAAUAAGAGGCGUUUUCCAGAGAUUGUGGAAAUCCGGAGCUCUAAUCAGGUUCUUUUCCUCUCUCCUGGAAAGUGAACGAUUGUUUCCAUUUCAAAUCUAAGCAAAGGAUUGAGGAUCCUUUUGUCUCUUUGAUCUUUGCUUCUCCUUUCUCUCUCCGGACACUUGGAGUCUUUUGCCACCACCACGCCUCACCCCUACUCCGUUCUUGAGACAUCUCUUCCUUUUUGCACCCUUUAAAGACGGAAUGCUGGAGGGAAUGCCGCUCCUACUGACAGCUUCCAAGUGCAUCUGAGUAAACCAGGCAGAAAGAGAAACCCUCGACUGAGGAAAAAAAGGAGAAAUGAGCCCUUUUCAGCAGGGAUUAUUAGUGCUGCUCUUCUUAUUCCUGGAGUAUUCAGAAGCCAAAAAGCAAUGCUGGUACUUUGAAGGGGUGUAUCCUACAUAUUAUAUAUGUCGAUCCUAUGAAGAUUGUUGUGGUUCAAGAUGCUGCGUGAGAAGUCUGUCGAUCCAGAGACUAUGGUAUUUUUGGUUUCUUCUGAUGAUGGGAGUUCUGUUUUGCUGUGGGGCUGGUUUCUUUAUCCGAAGACGGAUGUAUCCUCCACCACUGGUUGAUGAAACAACUUAUAACGUGUCAUUCACUCGACCACCUAACUCCAGUACACCAGGAGUCCAACAGCCAGGCAUGGCCUAUUAUGCAGAUCCAGAAGGAAUGAUGAUGAAUCCGAUGGCCAUGAGUUACCAUGUCCAACCUAAGUCUCCCCAAAUGAACCAAGUUUAUCCCCCUCCACCUUCUUACUGCAACACCCCACCCCCAUCAUAUGAGCAGGCUGUGAAAUCUUCCACAUAAUCUCUUUAUUGAAACCAGUAGGACCUUGAUCAGAAAGAAGAUAAAUCGUGAGCUGAGCUGAAGAUUUCUCAGAGCUCUACCAUCCUUUGCUGUUGUUUCAACUAAAAUACUUUGGACAAUAGUGAAGGAUUUGCAGCACAGGACAAAUUAAGUUUUGACAUAUUCAAAAUAAGAAAAGUUUUAUGUGCUUCUCUUCUGAAACCUAUAUUUAAGUUCCCUUUGCUGACCUUUUAAAUUUAUUUUCUUUGUGAUUUUGAUGCAUAUAGUAACACAUGUUUGAGGGAAAAAAUGGUAGUAAGCACAAAACAAUUUAAAACUCUAGGAAGAUAUUGUAUCAUUUUACAGAUGAAAAGAGAAAAAAAGAUGAUGGAUUGAAGACAGUUGAAAUAGCUGAAGCAGAUGAACUUGUUAAUAAAGCUUAGACAAAUAAAGAGUUGGUAAAGGAAACUUGGAGGAAUUGUAGUACAAUAUGUGGAAAACCUUUCAUGUAAGAAUAAAAUCCCUUUAUUUCACUAGCACCAACAUUGGAGGGAAGAAUAUUACAAAAUCUCCUAUGGUACCAGUUUGUUGAAGAUGGGCUGCCAAAAAUAAGAAAAUACAUUAUCCUUUUGGGAGUGCAGAUGUCAUAGCAAAUUGCUUAUUUGGGAUGGAAUGGAAAAUGCUACUGAGAGUCAACAGUAAUUUGCCAAGAUAUAGUAAUACAAACAUUUAUGUCUAGAAAAUACUGCUUAUGCAAAGAAAAAAUUUCGAGUUUUUGUAUUGAUUCAGGGGACCUUUUUACAACUGUGUUUUGGCAUACACUGUUUUUAUAGAUAUUCCUAAUUGGAUGUGACAGAUGCAUCUGAAACAUGAAAACUCUGUAAACAAUUCUGGUUGGUCUGAUUACAAACAUGGGCUUGCUUUUAUAUACCAGAAUAGACUAUUAGUAAUUCCAUUUUGUUUUCAGUUGUUUUCUUUUUUUGACAUUGGAGACUUAUUUCCAUAUGACUUUUUCCUGGGGGGGUGUUGGGUUACAGGGUUAUUUAUUCAGAGUGAAAAUCUUACUGAAAUUGGGAUUUUCCAGGUACUGAGAAGUGAUUGCAGAUUCUCCAGGAUGUGAUAAAAUGUCAUCCAUCAAAAGUUUGAGUCUCAGUUUCCAUAGAUUUUUCUUAUUAGAAAUGUCCUGCAUUUGGCUGCUGACAGCCCAGGUUCAAGACCUGAAUGCUGCGUGACAGGGUAAGCUUCUGUUACUUGUCCCAGCUCCUACCCCCUUAGCAGUUCAAAAACAUCCCAAUGCAUGUAGAUAAAUAGAUAACACAUUGGUGUUAUCUAUCACAGUGUUACAAGUGCUUCGCUAUAUAGUUAUGUUGGUCACAUGAUCACAAAAAUGUUUUCAGAAAAUGCUGGUCUCCUUGGCUAAGAAAUGAAAUUGAGCACUGUCCCCUAAAGUCAGACAUGACUGGACAGGGGAAACCUUCACUUUUACUGGCAUUAGAAAUAUUUAGGAGCUCAGUUCCUAGAUCUUGUUUUCACUAAAGAAUAAAUGAAAUUUUCUUAAGGUUACUAGGAUGUUUUUGGACAGUUUUUCUUUUAGCUAGGCUUCUGCAGAGAUAGCUGGGCAACUGUAAAUUCUCCCCUUUGAUCUAUAAAUGAUGUAUAGCAGAAUGACAUUCAAAUGAAGGGAGAAGAAAACCAGAUGAUGCUAUGAAUGCUUACAUGAAUGGAUAAUGUAUCCACCAAUUCAUCUAUCCAUAAUAUUGAACUUCUCGGUCUUAAACAAAAUGGGAAAUUUCUAGAUAAUCUGUAAGAUCUGAAGGAGUACCUGAGAGGCACCUCUAUUUCAAUGCAUGGACAUGGAGGCAGUAUUGGAGGCAGUAUUCAAAUGAGAUUUUGAUUUUAAUUAAUUUAGUACCUUGAGUGAAUAUAUGUCAUUUUCAUUGUAUAUUGGUCAAAUGAAUAUAUUUUGAAAAAAAAGCGAAACUCUUUGGCAUUUACAUUUUAGACAUAUAUCUAAGCUAUUUUAAAUGUUUAUGUACAAUGCAAAAUAUUUGCAUCACAGUUAUAAUUCAAACAUAUGAGCAAUUUUUUCAAGAAGCGAGACUGCUGGAUCGGUUUUUUCUACGUAGCUUACUGUAAUAUAUGAAACUUCCCUGUGGUUAUAAUUCUUAAAAAUAGUAAGAAAGAAGUUGUUGCUAUUCAAUGUCAGUGUCUUGCUUCCGAGCCGAGUACAAAUGAUUAAAUUCUAGAUAAUUUUAAGUUUACUUUAUUAGCAUUUCAUGAGUAUUUAAACUGGGCUGCAAUGACGAGACAGUUUCAUUCUUCAGUUUCAGAUGUAAUCAAACUUUUGAACAUUUUUUGAACUAUACAUCUCAACUUUAGCCUUUAAAUAAUAGUUUUAUGAAAUAACUGUUUUAUGUACUGUUCCCUGAAUAUUACUUUCAGUUUUAAUUACAAGGGGCAAUUGCUGUGCUAAGUUAGAAACUUUGACAGGAUCAAAGAUAAUAUAAUACCAUAAUGUAUAUAAUGUAAUAUCAUCUGAAAACGUAGAAGAUUGCAAUGUUCAGCCUACAGAACCUUCAUUCGUGAUUUGUCAAGUUAUAGUGAAAAUACAUAUUGAAUGUAGGAAAGUAGCAACUACUGAACAAUAAGGAAGUUAUGAAGUCUGGGGGGAAAAUCAAUUGAUGCCCCAGUUCUUGAAAAAAUACUUUUAUUAUGUAUAAAUCUUCAAUAUUUGAGAUAGGAACUAUUAUUGUUGCAGUGGCUUUGCUGCUGAAUAAAGCUUCAGUUAAAUACCUUCUGAAAUUCAGAAAGUUUAAGAAUACUAAAUAGCAAAUGAUAAACUGAAAAGCCAUUAGUACAAAUUGAAUUAAUGGGAACUUUAUCUAUUAUCUUGCAAAAUUAAGUCCUAAAGAUACCAAGGAAAAAUGAUUACAUAUUGAGCCUUUUCCCUUUACCAAAUCAUGAUCUAAUAAUAGGUUCAAUGAUUUUGCUCAAUGUAAAAUAAGAUUUCUCCAUUGAGGAAUUAAAUUGAAGCUACAAAAUGUGGUUGUAAAAUUCAGAAUCUGCAAUUGUACAAUUUUCAAUUAUAUGCAUCAUUCAUUCUAGCUUUGCUCUCAAAGUCUAUGAAAAGUAAGCAGAGUUAUAAUUACACACCUGAUUCAAAAGAAUAACUUACAAAGUAUAGCUGCAAGACUUACUUUGAGAAUUCAAGGUUAGGAAAAAUGACUAGAGACCUUACAAUACAUACAAUGCAAUACUGUAUGCAGUGGUGGGAUUCAGCUGGUUCUAUCUGGAUCACAUGAACCGGUAGUGGCGACUGCAAGAGGUGCUGCCUACCCACCCGGACGUAAUGUGUGACUACUGCGCAUGCACAGAGCUGGUGUGAGCAAAGCGAAUGAGUGUGCACGCACAUUCACAUUUGCGAACCGGUAGGGAAGGUAAGUGAAUCCCACCUCUGACUGUAUGUAUGUUAAAUCCUUUUCUAUGCUAUUUGAAUAAUCGUUAUUUUUAAAAUCAGACUUAUCAAGAAGUUUCUUAGAUACAAAUAUACCAUAAAAACUAUUUGUAGUUUUCUAAAAACAUGUAGAAGUAAUAAAACAUAGGCCAUCCUUUUAUAGAAAGUGAUUCAGUUCAUAUUCUAUUAUACAUGUUAAAGUGAGUUCUUUGCUAUAUACCACCUGAGAGAUAUUGUAGCUAUAUAAAAGUUCCUGUACAUUAAUCUUUUUUUAAAAAAAGUUGUGGGUCAUUAUUAUGUAAUUUAAGAGAACAGUUUGGUUCUCAAAUUAUUACAGAGGACAUUUUGCAAAUGCUACAUAGCAUCUAUUAUUUGAUUAAUCACACAAAUGUAUAAUAUGAAGAAACCGUUGGGCUGUGUUUAUUCUAAGUGCAGGUGAGGAUGGGAUCACAUGGAAAAAAUUCAUCCAUUAAAAAUGAACACAUCUAGAAAAAGGUUAAUCCCUUUUUGUCAUAGUUCAUUUUUAUGUAUUUAAGAGUUUAUGCAUUUAAGAGGAUAUGCACGUAGCACUCUGAAAAAACUAACAAUGCCAGAAUAGUGAGACUGAUUCCAAAGCUAAACAUAUAGGUAAGAUUCAAUCUGAGAUAAUUCAGCUGUUAUAAAGAGCAUUUUCCCUGUUGCUCCCCAGAAGCCAGUAAAGUGUGUGUAAAGACUUGCAGAAUUUUACCAUAAUUCCUGUACAAAAAAAUUAAAAAGGACAUUUCAUAAAAUGUAAUGGACAUAAGAAUUACACCUCUUUUUGGAGUGUUAAAGCAGCAGCCUCUUCUGGAACUAUGAAUGUGAUAUCUUUAAAGGUUUUUUCCUGACUGUUAAAUACGGGUUAAUAAUAUACUUCACUGUAUAUGGGGAAAGUUGUACAAUGAUUGUGUCAAUCUCUCCAAAGGAAACAUCUACUCUAGUGCUUUGAGGACUACUUGGCUCGUGCCAAUAUUUCUUGUGCAGUUCCUUUUUGAAUGUUUUGCAUAGCUAGAAUAAUUAUGUUUUGUAUAGCCAGAAAUAUAAUAGUAAUACGUCUAUUUCACCUAUAGUCCACAUUUACCAUGAUACAAUCCUUAGACAUUUAUGGGGUUGAAUGUAUUGAGAAGCACAAAUCAAAUCUAUCAUGGCUUUCUACAUACAUACUACGUAAACAAAUUCAUCAAUACAAUAAUAAGAUAGGAUCAGUUCACCUGCAUUUUCAUAAAUGGUCAGCUGGUACAUUAUUAGUUUAUUUGGGGUGUAAUAUGUGUGAAUCACGUUGGAUAGAACCACCAUAUCAUUAAAAUAAUUAAGCACAAUAUUUACUGUUAAUUGGUAGCAAAAAGAGAUAUCAACAAAGGCUGAAUUAAUUUUGGUAUGAGAGAACCUGAUUUAUUAUAGAGAUGUCAUUCCUUAAAUCAGUGGUAUUCAACCUGGUCCCUACCGCCCACUAGUGGGCAUUCCAUGAUGGGCGGUAGGGGUUUUGUCUGAUACUGAAGCAUUUUUUUUUUAAAUUUAAUUGACUUUUAAAAAUUUUCAUAGUAUUAUUUAAAAACAUUUUCAUUAUGUUUUCAUAAAAUUCCCUGUGACAAUAUACAUUUCUGAAAAUAUACUAUUUGAAUCAGGCGCAUAAGUUUAGUUCAUGUUAUGUAAGUGAAACUAAAUGGUGCUAUAAUGUGACCGUAAACAAAAGAGCCUCGUCCCAGAAUAGCUCGCGCAUCUCCUCCCACACCACCCAGCUGUAACAGACAAGCAGAGCUGGUAGCCGGCGCCCCCUCCAAACCUAAUCCACAAUGUGCGAGAGGCAUGCGCAGAUGACAAUGCAUGGCACAUUACUGUGGAACCGGUGGGCAGUUAGAAAAUUCUACUACUAACCGAAAUACAAAAGUGGGUGGUAGGUAUAAAAAGGUUGACUACCCCUGGCUUAAAUUAUAGCUUCUCCUUUUCUCAUUCUACUAUUUACCUUUUGUCAUUUUCUUUUAGCAGAACUUUUAGAAAACUAGAAAGGUUCAUAUUUAAAAUUUGGGACGAAUCUAGGAGUUGGGUUUAUAAGAGUUCAUUAAGUGCUGCCCAUCUUUACUUCAUAAUUCGAGAGCUGAUUGUAGCACAAGUUAGUCUUUGUUUUAAAAUGAAUUGGUUUCAGUUUGGUUUAUAAUAUGGUCUGAGUUGUCUCACUGCACUUAAUGAUUGAAUAUAUUUUCAGAAAUAACACAACUUUAAAGCCCCAUAGGUUAACUGAUAAAUCAAGAGUACCUCUCUUAAUGAGCUGAAUUCUAUAGCUGGUAGAUAUUCUUCAAAGUUUUAAGCUAUUCGGUAUGUGUUAAAAACUGUUACAUUUCCUUGUUAACAUUGUCCGGAAUUCAUUUUUAUAGACAAAUUUUAUUCAAUAUAUUGAAAUUAAAUGCCAAAUAUUUUUCAUUGAAGUUUUUUCUUAUGUUUUUAUUAUUAGAUUAUACCAUGUGGAGAUCUCGGUACUUUCUGAGAUUUGUUGACUGCUUGCAAAAGUUUAAUUAUUUGACUAGGUUACAUAAUCAGUGCAUGUAUGGUUUGUUUCCUAUUUAUAUACAGUAGCUUCCCCUGCCAGUUUUUGUGUGGAUGUGAUUUUCUCCCUAGCAGUUCCUUGAUUAGGAUAUUGUUUUAUUGAUCAUUUGUCUGGUAUUAAUCCCUAUUCAUCUAGGUGUUUCUGUUGCAGAGGCUAUGCUCUGUUUUGUUGUUACUGUUGUUUCUUUGCUAGCUUUUUAUUGUCUCCUUAGAAUGGGGUGUAAACAUAACUUAUCUCUCUAUGUUUUUAUUGAUGGCUGAUUUGACUAAAUGCCAAAUUCCAGAAUUUCCCUAGAAUUAUUGGAUUUAGCUUGGUCUAAGAUGCUCAUAGUUAUCUAAUUGAAAGUAUAGUUAAAUGUGUCCAUAUGUUAUGAGAUUAUGGAGUUUUCCUCUAUCUUCUGAUUGCUUGCUGGUGUUAAUGCAUGUGCUCUACUGGUCUUUUGCUACCUGUCCUACAUAAUAAUUGUACAGUCCUUACACUGUGUAUUGUACUGUGUUUUUUUUUCUUGGCUACUGGGUCUUUUGGUUUACUUAAGAUAUUUUGGAGGCUUUAGUUAAUUUGUGUGCUAUAGUGAUGCUGUUUGAUUGUAAUGAUGUGUUGGUGGUUUCUGAGAUGCUGGAUUUUGUUGGUUUGUGUGCUACACUGAUGCUAUGUGGUUGUAAUAGUCUGUUGGUUGUUUUUGAGAUGUUUUUUAUAUAUGACAGUGUUAUUCUUUUCAUAGCUUGUGUUGGUUGUCCUGAAAUAGAUUGAAUGGUCAGGCACUUUUUGAUAAAGUUGUGUGGUAUCUAUUUUGUUGGAAGAUGAUAUAUAGGGAGUCUGUUUCCUUUUUCUGCUGUUCUUGGUUGCUGUAAUGUGUAUGUACUCACAUGAAUACAUGAAUACUCAUAAUCAUGUGAGAGACUGGCUUGUUAUUUGGUUAAUUAAUGCAAAGAUUGCUUUUUGAUAUAUUUGCACUUCUAAUUUGCUUGUCAGUUCUUCGUCUGCUGAGGAUAUCCAGGAAGAGUAAUAUGUUGCUUUCUUUUCCCCUUAUUAAUAUUAUUAAUAUAAUAUUAUUGAGGAUGACAUCAAUUGUUUCACAUCUCUUCUCUACUUGUACUUUUUUCAUGAUGACAAAGGUGUCAUCUGCAUACCAAGUCCAUAAUUUUGGUUGUAUGUAUAGGAGGGCUGUAGUUUCUAGACACUGCAUUAGUCUCUGCUAUUGAGACUGCUAUGAGUUAUGAGAGUAGUGAUUCCAUGAGUGUUCUGAUUUGUUGCUCUAUUUGUCCAUUAAGUUGGUAAUGAAGCAGAGGUUGGUGAAUUUCAGCUUCUAUUUUUAGGUCUUUGAUUUUGUGCAUAGUGUUGAAUUGAUAAAAUAUUCACUCCAUUCUGUGAAAUGUCCAAGUUUUUUUGUAAGUUCUUUGGCUGUAUUGUAUUGGGUUUCUGGCAAUAAUAUAAUUGGAUGAGGAGGUUUGUUGGGCUUAUGUAGUUUGGAAGUGUGGGAAGAUGCAUCCAGAAAGAUUAAUGCAACCUGUUUGUCACUAUAUAAAUAUUCAAUUAUAUUCAAAAUUACUCUUACGUUAUUGUUUAGUUGUCUUUUAGGUAAGAAACAACAUUGGUCUUCACGUAUAUAAUCCUGUAAAACUUUUUUAAGUCUUUCAGCUAAAAUAGAUGUAAAGAGUUUAUAAUCAUUACUAAGGAGGGAAAUUGGCCUUUAAUUCUUCACAGAAGUUAAAUCCAGUCCAUCUUUGGGUAUUAAAGAAAUGUAGGCAUCCUUCCAAGAAUCUGGUAUAGAAUUCACCUCUAGAAUAGAAUUCAUUAAGUUUUUCAUUGGAAGAAGUAAUUGAUCUUUAAAAAAUUUGUAAAAUCCAUUUGGUAGGCCAUCUGGUCCCAGAGCUUUGUGUGUUUUACCUCUUUUAAUUGCUUCUAUUAUUUCAAAAGUUGUUAUUGGAUUUUCAAAAUUUUCUUGUAGUUUUCUGAUGAUGUAGGAAGAUUUUUAGUUGAUAUAUUAGUCCUCUAAACUGUCCAAAGAGAUUUCUUGUGCUUUAUAUAAAUUGGUAUAAUAAUUCCCAAAAAAUAUUUUAAUGUUUUUAUUAUCCAUGUGAAUCUUAUUCCCGCCUUGGAGCUUAUUAUCUUUUCAGUCUAUUUUCUUUGUUUGUAUGCGAACCAUAUCCCUGGUUUAUUUUCAUGUUCAAAAAAGUGUUCUUUUGUAUAUUUAAGUUUCUUUUCAAUAGCCGAAAUAGUCAACAAGAUUGUUAUUCAAUAAUUUUAGUUGAUUAAGUAUGUUAGCAUUUUCUGGUGAAUUCUGGUGUUCUCUCUCCUUCAGUUUAAUUUCUUGUAGCACAUUUUGGAUUUUUUCAUCCAUCUUCCUCUUAAUUAUUGUAUUAUAGUGUAUAAAAUGUCCUUGUAUCACACUUACAAACUGUUAUUAAACUGGUUCCCUUACCUAAAUUACUAUUGAAGCAGUCUUGAAGUACCUGUUUACAAUCAGUUGCCUGUCCAAAACAGACUCAUUUAAUGUCUAUUUAAAAGACUGAAGACCAAAUUUAAGAUAUAUUAUUGUCAGAAAAGUUUUUGGAAGAAGAAGAAUUUUAGUUGUUUUGUGAAGUAAAAUUUUUGUAGUCUAAAUUAUAUCAAUGCUAGAAAAAGAUUUGUGUGUCUCUGAAAAGACGAUAAAUGUCCUCCAAACAUCAAUCAAACCUAAAGCAUUGGCCAGCUCGAAAGCAGUUUGGGACAGUUUCCCUUGUGUUUCUUUAAUUCCUUUAUCAGCUGAUUUGUCCAGUCGUGGGGUUACUAACCCAUUAUAAUCUCCAAUUACACACCAAUACUGAAAAGAAUAGGAGAGUAAGUAUUCGGCUAAAUGUUUAAAAAUCUUGGCUUUUUCUUGGUAUGAGGCAUAUAAUCCCAUCAUAAUAGAUUUUAUUCCCUGUCAGUCUCUUUGAUGUGAGUUUCUUUCAAACAUAUUACAUCAUGGUUCACUUUUUUCAAAUAAUGAAAUACUUUUUUCUCGGUUGUGGGGAAUUUGUUCCAUUAACAUUCCAUAUCAGAACCUUGCAAUCCAUCUGUUACGAAGAUAAAGUUCAGGAAUUCCAGCUAUGGCUGCCAUUUUCACAGCCUGUUCUUGAUCAGCAUCAGUUUUCUUUUUAUUUUUUUCUUCAGGCCUAAUUCUUGUGGUAGUUGAUCUUUAUCUUUUGAAAAAUAGUGUAGUUCUGAUCCGUAUUUUUCCAAAAAAAUCUUAUGCUUUAAAGACUGAAUUUAGUCUAUACUGUUGAUUUCUAAAGGUAAAAAUAACCCCUUCCAGCUUAUCACAGCAAAAGGGAAUAUCAUUUUGUUUUAGGGAUCCAUCAGGAAGAAA